AUGACUGAUGUUCUCGAUGAACCAUCGUCGAAAAAACCGAAACUCUCAUCACCAUCAGACUUUGAUGAUGAUCCGUUGAGUGAACUGGAGAAAUUGGAGCCUUUGCCGUCCAUUCUGGAGACGAUGUCUCAAACACCAUCCAGUGUUCAUAUGUCGGCGAAUAAUGGACCGGGACCAUCAUCCGUUGGUUCCACUGGCGGUACAAGCCAACCACCCUCAGUUAGCCAUGGGAAUUAUAUGGGACCAUCGCCAGUGAUACAGUCUCAAGCCGGUGCACCAGCGCAAACACAUAAUGCCCAAUCACAGCAAAAUGCUCCAUCGCAACCCAGUGUUUUGCAAGAGUUAUUGUUAAAUCCAUCGAACCAAAAUAAUCAAACGUUAAACAGUCCACGGCCACCUUAUACUACUCAGUAUCAGACGAGGAGUCCAGUGACGAGUGGUGCCACGAUGAUGGCAUCAGCAAAUUGUCCUCCAAAUGUAGCUCUAUCUGCUGGACCACGAGGAUUACGAGCUACUGGACCUCAAAUGUACGGGCCCGCAGGUCACACUGAUAUAACUAUGCAACCGGGUGGCGGUCCUCAGCUAGGGCACCCAACUCAGCAAAGCAGCUAUGUUGCCUCACAGAUGAUGCCACCGCCUAAUCAGCAAUCUCCACAAUCUCUUUCAUAUGCCUAUCAGCAAUCCGGUUCUCGACCAGUUUAUGCAAAUACAGGUUCACGGGCGGUUUAUGCGGCCGCUACACGAAGUGCAACACCACAAGCUAUGAGUUUGGCUAGGGGUAGUGCACCCGUAAUGCUUAAUGGAACUUCGGCUCCCCGAAUCCGAGCUGCUCAUCAAGGUAUGAUAACAAUGCAGCAAGGGGGUGGACAAAUGAUGCGAACAGUUAUGGUCCAGCAGGGUCCACCAUAUGACCAAGGUGGUUAUGCUAUACCACCUCAGCGAGCAUCCGAUCCUUAUGGUAUUUCGCAGACGCAAACUGGAGCAUCGCCAAAUUAUGCGCAGUUGCCACAGAGCCAUAUGGUAGCUAGAAACCAACCAAUGCCUUACACUAAUACACCAUCUGCACCACCAGCGAUUCAACAAAGUAGUACGAUGAUACCACACAUGAUGGAGCAUUCGACAAUAUCACCACAACAGCAACCAAAUCAGCAGCCACCACCACAACCACAAUCAUCAUCAUUAACUCACGGAAAUGUAAUGCCGCCGCAGAUGAGUACAUCAACAGCGACAAUAGCAGGGACUCCCGGCCCAAUAUCUGGCCCAAAAUCUGGAAUACUGUCGAGUUUGCCGCCACCUCAGAUGCCACCAGCAAAUGCUUCAGCUACUAGUCAAAUACAACAGUUUGCUGGCAUGAACAACACUGCGCCGCGAGAUGGAACAUCAAUAAGCAGUACACUUUCAACUAGUGGUACGCAAGGGAAUAAUCAAGACCCUGGACGACGAAAACUUAUUCAGUUACAGUUGGUAUUACUUUUGCAUGCCCACAAAUGCCAACAGCGAGAACGAUCUGCGGAUGGAGCGAAUGGACGAUAUACUUGCACUUUACAGCACUGUUCAACGAUGAAGGGAGUAUUGCAACAUAUGACAACAUGUAAUAGUGGAAGUGCUUGUAAUUACCCUCACUGUCCGUCAUCCCGACAAAUCAUUUCUCACUGGAAGAACUGUGUGCGUGACGACUGUCCAGUAUGCACACCAUUGAAGAGUAGGCAAAAUGUAGCUCAAGCAGUUGAUCGACGUACUGUUUCCGGUGCAGAACCGUUCGGAACCGCGGGAGCAGGAUCUAUGCAACAAGUACCAUGUGUUCCAGGCAAUGCUACAGACAUUGAUAGUAUUGGUAUGCAAAAUCGAAUCAGUGCACCACAACAGCAACAACCACAGCAGCAACAACACCAGCCUGGUACGGCUUUGCCGCCAAAUGCAAAUUCACAUAACAUGUCAGCAUAUGAUUCGUGUGGGCCCACAUCAAUCAACGCUUUUCUAAUAGAUUUCAAUCCUUCAAACGAUCCGUUUCGAUCACCAAAUCCACCGAACAAAUUGGUGCCAUCAUUAGGUAAAGGUUCCGGUAUUUUCAUCACUUCGAAGGAUAUCAUUGGUUUACCACCUCCGGAUGCGCCAGUAGUUAAGAAACCAUGGCAGAAUGCAGUAACUGAGGAUUUGCGUAAUCAUUUGGUUAGAAAACUUGUGGAAGCGAUAUUUCCGUCACCUGACCCAGCGUCAAUCCACGAUCAACGUAUCAAAGAUCUAGUCAAUUAUGCGCGAAAAGUUGAAAGAGAAAUGUUCGAAUUAGCCAAUGAUCGCGGAGAAUAUUAUCAUCUGCUUGCGGAAAAAAUCUAUAAAAUUCAAAAAGAAUUGCAAGAGAAAAAAAUCAAGCGGUUACAUGAACAAGGACAAGCGGGUGCCGUGGCUGGCAUGCAACCACCCCAGCCAGGUGUUGACUUCGAUAUGCUUGGUCCGCCGAACCGAACAACACCGUCAUUCCAACCAAACACCAAUACCGGCACACCACAAAUGAAUGGACUGUCUACCUCUAUAAGUGGAAAUGCAAUGACGAAUGGUCAGGUAGUAACUUCAGGGAUAAAAAUGGAAGUGCCUGGUGAUGUAUCAAUUGGUACCGAACCAUCAGGUGCAGCAGAUGCCUCUGGAUGUUGUUCGAAACCUGGGACAUCCAAUACAGCAAACGCAGAAAAGGCCAAAGCUUCCAUUAGUGCAGUUAAAAUGGAAAUGAAAGCUGGUAAAGUUGAUAGUAAAAGCGGAACGAAAGUUGAAGAAAGGAAGGAAUUGCCUGAUAAGGUGUUUGAUGCCAAUGAAUUACGACACAGGAUGAAACCAGUUUUGGAUAGAAUAUAUGCUAUGGAAGAAUCAAUACCAUUCAGAAUGCCUGUCGAUCCGGAAAUUCUUGGCAUCCCGGAUUAUUUCGAUAUUGUCAAGAAACCUAUGGAUCUGUCAACAGUAAGCGGUAAACUUGAUAAAGGUAUAUAUAAGAAUCCAUGGGAUUUCAGUGAUGAUAUGUGGUUAAUGUUCGAUAAUGCUUGGCUAUAUAACCGGAAGAAUUCAAAAGUUUACAAAUAUUGCAAUAAGUUGAGCGAGGCUUUUGUGGAAGAAAUCAAUCCUAUAAUGCAAAGAAUGGGUUACUGCUGUGGCCAAAAAAUGUCGUUCACGCCACUGGCACUGUUUUGUUAUGGCCAGUCAAUGUGUACCAUCGCACGCGACCAGAUAUACCAUGUUUAUGAAACAACAUCAACCCAAUAUGGUGUAACAGUUUCGGAGCGUUAUACAUACUGCACGAAAUGUUUUGAAGCUUUACCAGAAAGUGGCAUAAGUUUGAGUGAGAAUCCAAACGAUACAUCUAAUAUGGUGCCGAAAUCGAAAUUUGUACAAAUGAAGAAUGAUCAGAUUGAUAUUGAGCCAUUUGAAAAAUGUAUCAAAUGCUUUCGGAAGUGGCACCGAGUAUGCGCGCUUUUCAACAAAAAAGUUUUUCCGGACGGAUUCAUUUGUGCGACAUGUCGCCGCGAAAAAAAUUUGGCACCGCCAGAAAAUCGUUUUACAGCCAAGAAAUUACCACAUUGCCAAUUGUCACGAUUUAUUGAGGAGCGCGUCAACAAAUUUAUGAAGAAUAAUCCUGCUGGCAAAGAUUAUGAAGUUAUCAUUCGUGUGCUUUGUGCGGCUGACAAGGAAGUGGAAGUGAAGCCUUUGAUGAAACAAAAGUACGGAUCUCUUGGUUUUCCGGAAAAAUUCCCGUAUCGAACAAAAGCAAUUUUUGCUUUCGAAGUCAUUGACGGUGUGGAAGUUUGUUUUUUCGGUUUACAUGUGCAAGAAUAUGGGAGCAACUGCCCACCACCAAAUAAAAGACGAGUAUAUAUAGCCUACUUGGAUUCAGUGCAUUUCUUUCAACCUCGACAGUUACGUACGGAAGUAUAUCACGAAAUCUUGUUGGGUUAUCUAAAUUAUGCAAUGAUGUUGGGUUAUACAAUGGCUCAUAUUUGGGCAUGUCCACCAUCUGAGGGUGACGACUACAUUUUCCACUGUCAUCCACCAGAACAGCGAAUACCAAAGCCUAAACGCCUUCAAGAUUGGUAUAAGAAAAUGCUUGAUAAAGGUGUUGGCGAGCAUACAGUUUUUGAUUACAAAGAUAUUUACAAACAAGCGCGGGAUGAGAACUUGGUGACGCCGAUGGAACUAUCCUAUUUUGAAGGGGAUUUUUGGCCCAAUGUAAUCGAAGACUGCAUUCGUGAAGCACAAAAUGAAGAACAGGAGCGCAAGCGUCAGGAGGAAGCGGCACGCCAAGAACAAAAUGCCGAGGAUGAAGACGGUGAUGAUAUGUUUCAUGAUGGAGAUAAUGGAAAGAGUAAAAAGAACAGCAAAAAGAAGAAUAAUUUGAAGAAGGGUAACUCGAAGAAUAAGAAAAAGGUUUGUUCUCAAACGGGUAAUGAAGUCACCGAUAAAUUGUACAUAAAUUUCGAGAAACAUAAGGAAGUAUUCUUUACUAUUCGACUUAUGAGCCCGCAGUCGGAGUUAUCAGCACAAAACAAUGAAAUUAAGGAUCCUGAUCCAUUAAUAGCAAGUGAUCUUAUGGAUGGGCGUGAUACAUUCUUAACGCGUGCUCGUGAUGAACAUUGGGAAUUUUCCUCAUUACGACGCGCCAAAUAUUCCACGAUAUGCUUUUGUCAUGCAUUACACAAUCAGGAGAAAAGCGAAGGACUUUCAUACACAUGUAAUAGUUGUCAAGGAACAGCUAUAUGGCACUGUACAACUUGCGAAGAUUUCGAUCUUUGCAAUAAAUGCUAUGAAACAAUGUCGCAUCCACACAAGCUGGAGAAAGUCAGCACAUUAGUGGAAGUAGAGGAUAAACAUGAUGCAAGCAAUUCGCGAACUGAAAGCAUUCAGCGGUGCAUUCAAUCACUGGUACAUGCAUGCCAAUGUCGCGAUGCAAAUUGUCGCCGUUCAACAUGUCAUAAAAUGAAGCGUGUUGUGCAACACACCAAAGGUUGCAAAAAGCGUCAAAAUGCAAAUUGCGCUAUUUGCAAACAGCUUAUUGCUCUAUGUUGCUAUCAUGCCAAGCAUUGCAACGGGACUUCAUGUCAGGUUCCAUUCUGCUUAAAUAUUCGUCAGAAACUACAAGAACAACGAAGGUCACAGAAUCGUCGUGCUGACAUGAUGAUGCGUCGACGUAUGGAUAUGCUUUCUAGUGGUUAUGGUGGAACCAACACACCAGGCCCCUCGCAAUCUAACGGACCAACUGGUGCAAUGAAUAUAUCCCAGACAGUGGCGACUCAUCAUGGUGCUGGAUCAAUGCAAACUUAUCAGGGCACGGGUAUGGCACAUAUGCAGCACAUGCAAAUGGGACAGCCGCAGAGCGUGAUGCCGUCUGGCCAGCAACAAAUGGCACAAAUGCAGCAACUGCAGCCACAUCAGUACCAGACACAUGGAAAAGGUGGUGCUGUACAGAGCAGUUCACAAAUACACAUGAUGGGUGUACCGACAACAAUGCAGCAAAGCCAUACGAUAUCACAAGUUCAACAGCAACAAGCUCCACAUCAGCAAGGCGUACGCAUGAACAUGACAUCACAAAUGGGCGGUAUGCAAAGGCCCGGAAUGGUUGGACAAAUGCAACAUACUCAACAGCCGAUGAAUCCUCCACCAUAUGGACGUGGUGCUACACAGCAAAGCGCCUAUGGUAUAUCCGGAACCGCAGGGCCAUCUUCUAGCUACGGAAGUAAUGCAGGACAACCAAUGAUGCUUGGACAGUCCGUGCCACAGAAUUCGCAAUCACAGCCAAUGAUGCAGCAGGGAAUGCAGAAUUUACGAGCGAAAGCUUAUGCUGGACAGCCAAUCGAUCGCACCGCGUUGCAGCAAGAUCCCCAGGUGCAAGCAAUAUUAACAAGGUUUAAAAAUGCAGAACGAGCGGAAGACAAAGAUAAAGUAUUGAAUGAUCUAAAGAAAAUGCCUCAUCUUUUUGCCGCUUUUAUCAAAAUGACGAACAAUGAAAGAAGUGGUGGAGAUAUUCCACAAAGCUUAAAUCAGCAACAGCUUGGUGCCAUACAACAACAGGGAAUGAUAAGGCAACCUCAAAUGGUAACUCAACAAAGUGGGCAGUGGCAGCAAGGGACAGUUUCACAGCAACAGUACUAUCAACAGCAGCAACCACAAGUAUCACAAAGUGGCCAGCAACAGUCCCGCGGUCCCGGUGGUCAGUAUGCAUCGAUGAGUUCACAGGGUCAAAUGGCCGGUAGUACUCUGCCACAACCACAGUGGCAGCAACAGUUCCAGCGAAACCCACAACCCGUGAGCCCAGCUAUGCAGUCUCAGUUCAAUCAGGUUCGUUCACCACCUAUUGGACGUUCACCAUCUGUGAGCAAUGUUACUCAAUCAUCAAUGAUGCAACCUGGUGCGGCGCAACCUGGUGUACAACAAAUGCAGCAAGGGGCAGUUAAUCAAGAUCAGCAACCAUACAGAUAA